AUGAACCCACUGGACAAGGCUGAGAUUGGCUCGACGGGAGUUAUGGUAUCGAGGCUCGGGGUAGGCGGCGCGCCGUUCGGGUCGAUGUCUGUGGAUGUCGCUGAGCAGCGUUCAAUAGAGAGCAUCGCCAAGGGGCUGGAACUAGGGAUUUCGUAUUACGAUACUGCCCCGCUGUAUGGCGCUGGCAGAAGCGAGCGAUACUACGCGAAUGGGCUGUCGGGCGUUGAACGCGAUUCUUAUGUGCUAUCAACAAAGGUUGGGCGUGUGCUGAAUCCGGUGGACGCUGCGCCCGGCGCAGACAUUUUCCGCGACCUGCCGCAGAUGGAUGUGGUAUUCGACUUCAGCCGAGACGGUGUGCUGCGCUCGUUCGAGGAGAGCCUGAAGCGGCUGGAACUCGACCGCGUCGAUGUGCUGCUGAUACACGACCCGGACGACUUUCAUCAGCAGGUGGUAGAGGAGGCGUUCCCGGCAUUGGCAGAGUUGCGUUCGCAAGGCGUCAUCGGUGCGAUUGGGGCAGGGAUGAACUUCUGCGAGCCGCUGGCGCAGUUUGGGCGCGAGGCGGACUUCGAUUGCUUUCUGCUGGCGGGGCGCUACACGCUGCUCGAUCAUACUGGCUUGGAAGACCUGCUGCCCCUAUGCGAAGAAAAAGGGCAUGAGCAUCAUACUGGGCGGGCCGUACAACAGCGGAGUGCUGGCGUCCGAUCUUGGCGAGGGCACGACUUACUUCUACCAGAGUACGCCUCCCGAAGUGCUGGAUCUGGCGCGCAAGAUUAA